UUCAACAUACUCAUUCUAAGCUUGUAAGCUUCUUUGUCUUUCCUGUCCUGCUUGGCACCAAGACGUGUUGAUUCAGGUUCAGUCCAGUGUGUCUCUUUCCCAGAGGGCAGGCAUAUUUUUCUAGAAUAAUAACUGUGUGGUAAUGUAACCUUCUUUUGUAGACUACUCACUGACCAGCGCUGACCUGUCGGCCCUGCAAGGCUUCACCUCCCCUGGAAUGCUGUCUCUGGGGCAGGCUUCAGCCUGGCAGCAACACCAUCUAGGACAAGCAGCCCUCAGCUCUCUAGUGGCUGGAGGGCAGUUAUCUCAGGGUUCAAAUUUGUCCAUUAACACCAACCAGAACAUCAACAUUAAGUCAGAGCCAAUUUCACCUCCCCGGGAUAGAAUGACCCCAUCAGGCUUCCAGCAGCAGCAGCAGCAGCAGCAGCAGCAGCAGCAGCAGCAACAGCAGCAGCAGCAGCAGCAACCGCCGCCCCAGCCUCCGCAGCCCCAACCCCGGCAGGAAAUGGGGCGCUCCCCUGUGGACAGUUUGAGCAGCUCCAGCAGCUCCUAUGAUGGCAGUGACCGGGAGGAUCCACGGGGCGACUUUCAUUCUCCAAUUGUGCUUGGCCGACCCCCAAAUACCGAGGACAGAGAAAGCCCUUCUGUAAAACGCAUGAGGAUGGACACGUGGGUGACCUAAGGCUUCCUGGUUCAUGUUUGUUCUUUGUGUUACUGCAGUGAACUGCCCUACAUAUCUUAAAUUGGUGAAUAAGGACAUGAGUUCAAUAUAUUUAUAUGUACAUACAUACAUAUAUAUCCCUUUACAUAUAUAUGUAUGUGGGUGUGAGUGUGUGUAUGUGUGGGUGUGUGUUGCAUACACAAAAUCAGGCACUUAUUGCAAACUUCUUGUAGGUCUGCAGAUGUAUGUCCACAUGGCAGACAAAGCACCCUGUAGAAACAGACCAGUCUGGCACUUCCUUGGACUACUUGUUUCGUAAGAUAAACAGUUUUUGCAGAGAAACGUGUACCCAUAUAUAAUUCUUCCACAUUAGCCUGCAGAAACCUAGGGGGCCCCCUAUUUGUUUUAUUUAACUGUGCGGUGACUGUAGUUACUUCAGAAAAAAAAAAUGCUUUGUAGAACAGAGCAGUAGAAAAGCAGGAACCAAGAAAGCAAUACUGUACAUAAAAUGUCAUUUAUAUUAAUAACCCAACCUGGCAUGGGUCUAUUGCAAAGGGGUGCAUGGGAAAGGGCUGUUGAUAUUAAACAAACAAACAAACAAACAAUAAACAAAAAGCCCCACACAUAACUGUUUUGCACGUGCAAAAAAAAUGUAUUGGGUCAAAGAAGUGAUUUUUAGCUAAUAAAAAGAGAGAAUAGAAAACACGCAUGAAAUAUUCAGAAAUACUAGCCUAGAAAUAUAGAGCAUUAACAAAAUAAAAUUAAUAUAUUAAGUUAUAAUUGGAAUAUGUCAGAAGUUUCUUUUACAUUCAUAUCUUUAAAAAUUAAAGAAACUGAUUUUAGGUCAUGUAUAUUUUAUAUGAAAGAAAACACCCUUAAUGAAUUGAUGAUUAUAUAUAAAAUUAUAUCCACUACUUUUGAACACAUUCUGCUGAAUUAUUUAUAUAAGCCAAAGCUGUAUGUUGUAACUUUUUUUUUUCCUCUAGAGAAUAGCUUUAUCUUGUUUUAACUUUUUAGUUUUAUUUUAAGAGGGGAGAAAAACAAAAAUAUCUUGCAAGCAGAACCUUGGAAAAAAAAAGCCAUGAACACUUAUUAUUCUAUAUGUAAAUUAAAAGUUGAGCCAAACUCUUUGUGUAUAUAGCAUCUUAAAUAUAUUAUCACCUUUGGUGUAAGUACCUAUGUAUUGUAUGGUCACCAGAUUAAAAAGUAUAUUUUUGUGGAUUGCCGCCAAUUGGGGGGAAGGCGAAGUCCUUAAGUAGAGUAUUCACUGUUUAAUAUUUACUAUUUUGUUAAAUAUACUGUACUUUGGAUUUUAAUUAUUAGCCCAGUUUUUCAGAGGAUUGUGUAAAGGGGUUUCCCCUCACUGGUGGUGAAUGUGUGAUGUUCUGUUGUAAUCUUUGUGCUGUAUGGGGUGAGCAUCAUUAUAUAUUUUAUAUGUGUACAUAAAUAGCAAAGUGGCAAAAAUUGGUGUUAAGUUCAUCCUGCAUAAAUAUAAAAUGUGUUGUAACAGAUUUUAUAAGGCACUAUUUAAAAUUUGCCUUUUGUGAUGGAAAAAAAAACAGUAGAAAGAUGACCUAAUUUAACUAAUAUUAGAGAAAAUGGCAGAAUAGUAGAUGAGCACAAAGGUUUUAUAAGUGGUAAAUAAUUAGGGAAAUAUUUGAGGGGAAAGGGAACUUUUUCUCCUUGACGCUAAAGAUAGAAUGACGCAGCUGGUUACAAAAUCCGCUCGGGUUUUCAGCUGCCCCAUGGAUAGAAAGCACGGUGUGUAGGGAGCAGCUCCAUUACGGUGCAGACCCUUGACACAAUUCUUGUUGUCCUGACGAAACUGGUGCCACCCUCAGCUUGGAUUUUGAACAAGGCCUUACUUUCACAGGGAGACAGCUCGUUGGUGAUAGCAAGUUCAUCCGUUUACUGGGCUUGUGCCAUGAACAAAAUUCAAAGUCCUGUAUAUCUUUUAUCCUAGAUUUUUAAAUACUCCUUUUCCUGAAAAAACUUAAGAAGGGUUUAAAAAUGGCUGCAAUUUUAUAUUGAACAAUGUUAAGCAGCUACCUGCAGUUUUUACUUACAUUUUUGCUCCCCCCUAAAUUAUGCUCUUUUUGAUGUCUCCUCAUCUGCUGUUGUGACAACUCAUCAGCCAGGUUUCUUACUGGCACAUAGGUAUUAGGUACAUACCCCGUGGCCAGCACAGGCUGCACAGUGGAGAGCGCUUCACUGACAGUUUGGGUAGCACAUGUUAGUAGCCAAAAAAGUGGGGGUGAUGUUUUGUCUCCUCUCUCUAGUCUGAACAUUUGGCUUUUACUCAGAAAAGUUUAGGUUUAUUUUUCUUGACAUGUACUGAAUUGACUUACAGGCACAUACUUCAUAAGGUCAUACCUAAUUAAAACAAGACAGUCUCCCAACACUGAAUUUCAGGAUAACCCUUACCACUUUGUAAACCAUUUAUAGCUUUGAAAGUGUUAAGUGACCCUUUGGUUAUUAUUUAUGCAUGUUCAUGAACUUCUGCUGUGUAUCGGGAUAGGAGUUAACACCUUCACAUUUACUGUCUAUUUUCUUGUGUGCCUUAUGAGAUGGCUUUUCUGACUGUAUCUCAAUAGUCUUUCUUUCUAUGCAGGUUUAUAAUCAGUACAACUACUGUUUUCUAAAGUAAUAUUACACAAGGCUCGGAGUUUGUAUUUAAAUUACACUGACCAAGUCACAAUGUAUUCCGUUUUCAGGAACUGAAUAUCUUAUCUGACUGUUAAUCUUUUCCCGUAUGCCCAGUGUGAUUUGGAGCAUAUGGGCUUGACAUCCUUCACCCAGACACUCAUGUGUGAACACAUCCACAUCCACAGCUCUCAGUGGGAGCCAUCCUAGCGUGGGAGGACACUGACGGUGUGUCUUUAAAACUGACUUUUCUUACCCUUUGAGAUUCAUGUGUUUUGUAUAGGACACCAUCACAGGAAAAUUUUCUCCCUUCAGAUAACAUAUUUUAUUAUGAAAAAGAAAAACAAAAAAAGCUUAAGUUGCACUGGAUAUAGGAAGUCCCCACCAGCUUUACUUCCUCAGAACUCUAAGUGGUUCUACACUGAGAGUGAGCGUCACCAUUGUGUGAACACAGGUGGUCCCAGUCAAAACUCCAUCUUUUGAGCCCUAAUUACAUCCAUUGUGUUAUAAAACUAAAUCAGGGGUUUGUUCUGAAAGAACAAUACAUGUUUCACCAUUUCCUUUCAACUGUAAAGACGACUGAUAAUGUAUUAACAUAAUUUCUGUAUUAACCAUCAUGCGCACAAGAAAUACAUAGUAAAUACGGAACCUGAAAACUCCUGGCAUUGGAUCAUAAAAAGCUAGAUGAUUAGAAUGUGAAAAAGACUUUACAAAUGUAAAACUUUUAUUUCUCUGUAGAAACUUUCUUCACUUUGCUGUGCAAGAAGACACUGCUUUGCUAUAUUUAAAAUGGCUUUUUUAAAAGAGAUUUAUGUAUUUGGUAAAUGUUUGUAGUCAACAGUUCACACAAAGAAGCUGUACACGGUUUGAUCAUGUAAAACCGUUUGGCGGCACAAGCUGGACUUUGUUGCCAUCCUUGAGAUGAACCUUUUAAGAAAAAUAAGUUAAUCUC